CACCAAACAUGUGGGAAAACAGAGCACAUCAUCACAUGUCAAUAUGUUCAGCAGAUUUUAGUUAGAAAGUUAUUUAGUGAAGUAAAUUUAUCUGCUUGCAGAAGGUUAUUUAUCUGUCGAAAUAAAAUUUAGUUUUCGGGGUGGUUUUUAAAGACCAAACAAGCAUGAGUUUAUUGCCACGCACCGCUGAGGAGUUCAGCUCAGCUGACUACUGGGAGAGAUUUUUUCGUAAAAGAGGAGAAAAAGCUUUCGAGUGGUACGGAGACUACAACUCACUCUGCGGAGUUCUGCACAAAUACAUUAAACCUCGUGAUAAGGUUUUGGUUGUGGGCUGUGGUAAUUCUGAGCUGAGUGAACAGCUAUAUGAUGUUGGCUACCAUCAACUAACCAACAUUGACAUCAGCGAGACGGUGGUGUCUCAUAUGAACCAGCGAAACACAGAGCGUCGUCCAGAUUUGACCUUCCAGCAGGUGGAUGCCACUCAGACGGACUUUGAAAGUGGGAGCUUUCAGGCAGCCCUUGAUAAGGGCACACUUGAUGCUAUGGCUUCAGAGGAGGAGGGUGCUCUUGCUGCCAGGAUGCUGGCAGAAGUCGGCAGAGUUUUGGCCGUGGGUGGCCGAUACGUAUGCGUAACUUUAGCACAGGAACAUGUUAUAAAGUUAGCCGUGGAGCACUUUGCCCAGGGCUGGGCUGUGCGGAUCCACUGCUUAUGUGGACAGCAAAGCGAGGACUCCGAUUCCUCCUUCGCCCUACCGGUUUUUGUUCUCGUAUGCACAAAAUUUCGUCAAGCACCUCCGUUUGCAGUGCUUGAAAUGUGCCAGGGUGAGGAUGGUGCUCCCACUAGGCUUGCAUCGGUGCCUGAACUGUUGUCUGCUGUGAAGGAGAGGCAGGCUUACAAUCUUAUGUUGCAUAAGCUGAAGGGUGGAACCGAUGCUAGUAGCACAUCUUCACUCACACUGUGCCAUGCAGCCUCCGGUCAACCACGAUAUACUUUGACAGUGCAGGACAGCUUGCCUUCUGCCAAGCUACCAAGGAAUAAUCACUUUGCCAUAUUUAUUGUUCCUCAGGGCCGUGAGUCUGACUGGUUAUAUGGCUCGCCCGAAGGCAGGGCUCAGUUAGCGUCCAGCGCAAAAUUCAAACGGUUGGUCAUUGUGGCAAUGCAUAGAGAUCAGGAGUAUGAAGACAUGCAGGCCGUCCAGUCAGAGCUCUCUCCAAUGGUGAUGGAACUUGCUCCUCCUGGGAUGCCAGCCAAUCAGCAGGUGCCCUUCCUGUCUGUAGGAGGAGAUCUGGGUUGGAGGGAGGUUGUCGGACGAGGGGUCAGUGCUUUGACUGGAGAGUACUCUGUGGAAGACGUCAGAGGAGAAGAUGGUCACCUUUACCGCAGACUAGUCUUCAUGAGCAAUUCCCAGUUAGUGCAGUCAGAGAGUAGACUUCAGGCUACCGCCACAGCUUCUGCACCUAAAAAGAAGAACAAGAAAAAAUCCAAGCCGUCUCUUUCUGAAGGCCCCACAGUAACGGGUGCUAAAGUUCGCAGUGUGGACAGGGGUUUUCUCUGCUGUACAUACCAUGAAGUCAUGGUGGCAGGUUUAGCCAUGCUAGGAACAGAUGCAAUCAGUAAAAAAGAUCAUCCAAUAUCUGUGCUACUGGUGGGGCUCGGUGGUGGGGGACUUCCUCAGUUUGUACAUGACUUUGUGCCUUAUGCACGGGUGGACGUGGUGGAACUGGACCCAGCUGUACUUGAGGUGGCUCAGACCUGGUUUGGGUUUCAGACUGACGAAAGGCUAAAAGUUAUACUGGGAGAUGGACUGGAACACAUUACAACACUGGAGAGUGAAGGAAGCCGUUCGUUUGAUGUCAUCAUGUUUGACGUUGACAGCAAAGACACCACCAUGGGCAUAAGCUGCCCUCCACCAGCCUUUGUAGAAACAUCACUUUUAAAGAAAGUUUACAACUUGUUAACCCCUCGAGGACUGUUUAUGUUGAACCUCGCAUGCCGUGACUCAUCUCUCAGGAAGUCGGUCCUUGAACGAGUUCAAGCCGUUUUCCCAUGUGUGCUCUCUCGAGGAAUCGAGGGGGAAGUUAAUGAGGUGCUGCUCUGUUGCAAAAGUGAAGGAGAUGACAACAAACCUCACACAAUCUUAGCAGCAUUACAACAGACAGCAAAAGAGCUACAGAAAAGACUGCAUACUAAAACCCAGACUGCAUCUUGUGUUCCUCAAAUAGACAUUACUGCAAUGUUAAAUGACUUGAAAGUCAUCUAAACAUUGACCAGUUUGGAGAAAAGAGUUAUGUUUAAGUAUUUUGGCAAACAGAUGCAUUUUUGGUUAUACAAAGAAAGGUUUGUAAACAAUAGGAAUGAUAUUGUGAUUAACAAUUGGGAAUUUUUGGGGUGUUUUUCCUAAACAGAACGAUAAACAGUUACGCUAGUAAAAUUACAAGAUUUUACAUUUUCCCAGUGCUUACAAGUUGUUUAUCACAGUGAUAAACAGGACAGUAAAGUUUAUCAGUGCCGUGUUCUUUUAACCUUCACUUCCAUCUCUUUAAAGGAAAAUACACAUUCUCUACAUCAAAGGUUCAUCAUGGGUAUUAUUAAAAAUAUGCAGAAUUGUACUUGAAGUAAUAAUACAUAGCCUUCUAAAAAUGAUAUUUAGGUAAUAGUAAUAC